AUGCUCUCACGUGUUGCUGCAGUGAAGGCAACCCGCACACACAACCGUCGCUGCGUGACCGGAUCCAGCGGAAGGAGGAGGGAAGGAAGAGAGAGUGAGCCGCAGAGGCCCAACACGUCUUGGCACGUGUUUACUUUUGCGGUGCUGCUUCUAUUUGUCGUGAUGUGGGUGUGCUGCGGCAGUGGAGGUGCACACGCUGAGCAGGCAGGGGCCGCUGUUGAUCCUUUUAAAGGGACGACGCCGAUAUCAUUUGCUAAUUGGAGGGAGUUUAACGAGGACGGCGGCAAAAUUACCUCGCUCCGUGUUCCUGGCCUUGUUAAAGUGGGUGAUGAUGUAUUUGCCGUGGCUGAAGCGCAGUGCGGGGAAAAGGAUGGAGCCGGCAGCUCUGCUGGGAUUGUGUCAAAGCACCUGGAUAUAAAGGGUGACUCAAUGGAUAUUUUGACGUCGGAUAUAAGUUUGUUUUGCAUGCAGCUUGUGGACACCGCCGCGAAUAAUUUUAGGACAACAGAAGUGUUGCGGCCAACGACAGUUGUAAUUGAGGACAGCGUCUACAUGCUGGUGGGGAAAUACAGACAUACAGAGAAGCAGGUUGAACACACGAAUGAGCGGGGCCUUUUACUCGUGAAGGGAACUCUCACUGAAGAAAAUGGAAAGAAGAAAAUCAGAUGGAAUGAGACCCAUUUGGUAAACCCUCAAGGAAAAAGAGAAUCUGUUUCCUUGACCGAGUUAAUUGGCGGUGGAGGAUCGGGUGCUGUGAUGGGUGACGGCGCGCUUGUGUUUCCCAUGCAGGCCAAAGACAAGGAUGGAAAGAGCGUUUUACUGUCUAUGCGUUUCUCCAAUUCAGGGAACAAAUGGGAGCUUUCAUCGACGACGCCUGGUAAGGGCUGCAGGGAUCCAACCCUGGUGAAGUGGGAGGAAGACCAAUACGACGAAAGACUCUUCAUGAUGGCUCAUUGUGAUGGAGGCUACUAUGACGUUCACAGGUCCACUGAGAAUGGGUACAAUUGGAAUGGUCACGUAAAACCAAUUACCCGCGUGUGGGGCAACUCACACAAUCGAAAGGGGUACGGUGUCCAGAGUGGAUCCACCACCGCAAUCAUUGAGGGAAAGAAGGUGAUGCUCAUCACCGCGCCGGUGUAUCCGAAGGAGGACAAUGAAGGUGGAAAAGGUCGGCUCCAUCUUUGGGUGACGGACAAGGCACGUGUGUAUGAUGUUGGGCCGAUAUCUCGUGAAAAUGAUGACGCCGCCGCCAGCUCGCUGUUGAUGAAGAGUGGGAAGGAUAAUAAGGAGUUGAUUUCACUGUACGAAAACAAGAAAGACGGAGCAUACAAUCUUGUUGCUGUGCGUCUGGCCGAGAAACUGGAGCGGAUAAAGGAAGUGGUGAAGACAUGGAAGGAUUUGGACAGCGCCUUGCAAUACUGCAGUUCCGGUUCCAGUGGCACUGUUGACGUGCGCAAAAAGGGCAUGUGCAAUGAUCGUGUUCCCACUGAUGGGCUUGUUGGCUUUUUGUCCGGUAACCUCUCUGAGAACACAUGGAGGGACGAGUACCUCGGCGUGAACGCAACAGUGACGAAUGGGGAGCCAAGGGUUCCCAAUGGAUUGACGUUCAAAGGACCCGGAUCAUGGGCGGUGUGGCCUGUUGGCGACAUGGGGCAGACUGUGCCGUACUACUUUGCUAACACUGAGUUCACUCUUGUGGCAACGGUGUCCAUCCACGAGGUGCCGAAAGAAAGCAGCAGUCCCAUCCCUUUGAUGGGUGUGAGGAUGAAUGACACCAGCAGCACGGUGCUUUUUGGUCUGUCGUACACCCAUGAAAAGAAGUGGUUGGCCAUAGCGGAGGGUUCUGGUAAUGCGGAGGUUGUUGAUGAGUGGGAACCAAACAAGACGUAUCAGGUGGUACUGCGAAUGAAUUAUGAUGAAUGGACUGUCUUUGUGGAUAAGGAGGAAAUCCACCAAAAGAGCUAUGAUAAGAGUCUGUUCAACUCGCACAGGAUUUCACACUUCUACAUCGGUGGGGACAGUGAGCACCAAAGUGCAACGGGCGGCCAUGUGACGGUGACCAACGUCAUGCUGUACAACGAGGAACUGUUGAGAAAUGAUCUGUAUAAACUCAAAACCAGCAAAGUCACCAUUCCAUCACUGGGUGUUGAGGAACAACCCACAGGACAGGUGGCCAGCACAGACGUCUCAGUUGCUUCCGAGUCAAGGAGUGAAGAAAGCGUCAGCCAUGAGGAAUUGACUGAGGAUGAUACUGAUGAACAAGAGGAAGAAAGCGUCGAUGAUCUGGUGCCUGCAGCGCCCUCUUCCACGGUUGCCGGGGGAUCGUCUGUUUCCGAACCCGCCAUCGCAGCGGAGAGUGCAGAGAAUUCUCGUUCAGAUGACAAUGCCCAGUUUCACCAGGGCAAAACGGCUCAGCAAACCACGCUGAAUGAAGAUUAUAAAUCGAUGCAGCGGGAUUCAGAUGUGCAGCCACAAGACCCACAGUCAGCGGAGUCAGAGGAAUUAACGGAGGCCACUGAUUUGGAAAGAUCCUCUGAAAGUUAUGAUGAAGAAAUGCCAGAGGAGGAGGGAGAAGCGGAUGGCAGGAGUGGCGAAUCAACGUCUCCAGUGACUGCGUCGUUGAGUGUGGAUACGGCCACUGCACCAGCUGACGGCGAACACCAAGUGCGACAAAGCAUUGAGCUUCCCGCUGAAAACGACGACGUGCGGUCCACUGGAACCGGAACCACUGGCGCGGAGCGAAGCCUCAGCCUCGAGGCGGGGGGCAGCGAUUCCGAGAGAACAAUGAGCUCAGACAGCAGCCCCACUUCUUCAACGAGUGACGCCGAACCGACGUCCGCGGAGGACACCGACGACGUCUCUUGGACUGAAGGAGCCGAAUUCUCUUUUGAAGACGGCAAGGAGGCGCCACAGACGGUCGACACCAAACCGGAGAAUACAAACACAACGCCUGGGGAAACCAAGAUCCCAUCGGAGUCCAACGCAACAACACCCUCGGACACUGACAUUUUGCUUGAGAAGGGGCAUUUGGGCGAGUUGGCGGCCAUGUAUCUAAUUGGUGACAGCACCGUGCAUGGGUGUGUGUCUCGGGUGUUGUUGCUGCUGCUUCUGGGGCUGUGGGGCACUGCGGCUCUCUGUUGA